AUGUACGUAGACUUAUGCGAAAUUGAUACUGCAAAUUCGCAAAAAAUAUUAAAUUAUUCUAUGAAUGCUACUACUUCAGGUACUUCUAAUGAACAUAAUUAUCAUAUAAAACCUCCAAAUUUAGAUAUUCCUAAAUUUAAUGGUGAUUAUAGAACUUUUUCUACAUUUAUCGAUCUCUAUAAUGCUCUGAUACAUAAUAAUCCAACAUUAACGCCAAUAGAAAAAUUUCGUUACCUUCUUUCGUUAGUCGAGGGUAAACCAUUGGGUGUUGUUAGUAGCCUGCCAAUGACUUCAGACAAUUAUCAAACCACAUAUGAUAACUUUGUUGAUCGCUACAGUAACGUAAGAUUUCGAGCGCAAUCGCAUUGGUAUGCUAUUAAAACUGCCCCUAAAGCUAUUCGCGACCAACCUGAAUCUCUUAGAAAUCUUUUGGACACAUUUUCACAAAAUCUCGCCUCUUUAAAAAAUUUAAAUUUUCCAAUUGAAUCUUGGGACUUCAUAUUAGUUAACAUGUUGUUGGAACGGGUUGAUGAUGAUUUAAUAACAAGGUUUGAACUUUCGCUUGCCUCAGGCACAAUACCAAAAUUUAAAGAAUUAUUUGAAUUUUUAGAAAAAUGUUGUAAAACUUAUGAAUCUCUUAAUCUUUCUUUACCUUUAAUUAAUAACAAAAGAUCAAAUAAAAUUAAAUCACCAUUACAACCUCGUCGUACUACUUCUCUUUUGGCAAAGCAAACAAAAAAUAGUAAUUCCGGAUCUUGUUUACUUUGUAACGAAAUGCAUUCGUUAUAUAAUUGUUCAACUUUUUUAAGCAAAACUCCUCAAGAAAGGUAUCAGCUUUCCAAAAGGGCACAUCUAUGUGUUAACUGCUUAAGUAAUAUUCAUUCUACGCAAAAUUGUAAAUCAGCUAUGUCUUGUCGUAAAUGUAAUCAACGUCAUCAUACUCUUUUGCAUUUUUCUUCAAGUAAUAUAGAACGCGCCACUCAUAGUCCCGAAUCAGCUUUACCUUCAACUUCUCGUGAAAAUAGCUUUAAUAAUAAACCUCACUUUUCUGGUACACCUUCUAAAACUGUAUUUUCAAAUCGCGAUGAGAAUUCUUCGUUGAAUCAGAGCUUCGCUGCGACAGGCUUGUUAUCUAAAUCUACAUCAGUUCUAUUAGGAACCGCGGUUAUCGAAGUAUUAGAUAAGUUUGGUAUAUAUCAAUCAAUGCGAUGCUUGCUUGAUCCUGGAAGUAUGACUUCAUUCAUAACAGAGAAGUCUGCUAAUACUCUUGGUUUACCAAAGGAAAGGGGACUUUAUGAAAUUCAAGGUCUUGAUAAUAUGGUUACAAACUCCGGGCAAGCUACCGUUACACUUUCAUUUCGACCGCUUAAUUGUCCGGAAUCAGUACUUAAUACUGACGCUAUUGUUUUACCUAAAAUUUGCGAUAGCUUACCUACUGCAAUUUUGCCAGCUUCUUCUUGGUCUCAUCUUAGCAAUUUGAAACUUGCUGAUCCGAAGUUUUAUGUACCUGGUCCUAUUGACAUUCUGCUUGGUGCUGAUGUAUACACAAAAAUUAUCCUAAACGGAUGUGUUCGAGGGAUUCACGGAGAACCAGAUCUUUUGAACACAAUUUUUGGGUAUGUUCCAAUGGGUAAAAUAGGUACAUUUUGUGAAACGUCUACUGUAACUUCAUUCUUUUGUAAUUCGCAUAAAAUUAAUACUGAUGAUAUUCUUACAAAAUUUUGGGAAGUAGAGUCAGUUCCUCUUUUGCCUAUGCUGUCAGAUAAUGAUCUUUUUUGUGAAGAACAUUUCUUAAAAACAUACCAGAGAAAUUCCGAUGGAAAAUUUGUAGUGCAUCUACCAUUCCGCGAUAACUUUCCUACUUUCCCCGGUAUUCGUCAACUUGCUGAACAGCGAUUUCUCUCUUUAGAACGUCGUCUAUUAAAAGAUCAAGAAUUGUAUAAAUCUUAUUGUCAAUUUAUGAAAGAAUAUCUUGAUCUGGGACAUAUGAAACCUGUCAGUCAUGAAACUGAGUUAUCUUCCGCUUCGUAUUAUAUUCCGCAUCAUUGCGUUUUAAAGCCUCAAGCUAGCUCAACCAAAUUGCGAGUGGUUUUCAAUGGUAGUGCGAAGCUCCCGAACCAAACCUCUCUCAACGAUCAUUUGUUUACCGGACCCAAACUUCAAAAAGACAUUGUUGAACUCUUAAUUCAAUUUCGCUUUCAUGUGUACGUUUUAUGUACAGAUAUUAAAAUGAUGUAUCGCAAUAUAUUGAUCACUUCUUCUCAACAUCAGUAUCAGAGAAUUGUUUGGAGAUUUUCUCGUAAUGACCCUCUUCAGGACUACGAAUUAAUUACUGUCGUUUAUGGUUUAUCGCCUUCGCCUUUCUUAGCCUUACGCGCACUUCAGCAAUUAGUCCUUGAUGAAGGAGCAGAUUUUCCCUUAGCAUCUCAUGCGAUUUCAAAUCAUACUUAUGUUGAUGACGUGGUUACUGGAGCCACCACUUUCAGUGAAGCUCUCGCCCUUAAAAAUGAACUAAUAGCUUUGUUUUCUAAAGCUGGGCUUGACCUUAGAAAAUGGGCAAGUAACGAUCCCAAUCUACUGAGUGAUCUACCUUCUGACUUUUUAUCAACUACUCAUAUAAAUUUUGAUGAUCCUGAAUCAUCAUUAAAAAUUUUGGGUCUUCAGUGGAAUCCCACAACGGAUAACUUUCAUUUUCAUUUUAACUCUCUUGACAGACCUUGUACUAAACGAAACAUGUUGUCAGAAUUAGCUCGUAUUUUUGACCCGUUAGGCUUCUUAGCUCCUGUUACCUUUUUUACUAAAACUUUAAUCCAAAAGUUAUGGUCGUCCCAUAUGGAUUGGGACCAACAGCCCCCUGACGAAAUUAUCCGUAUUUGGACGCGUUACAAAAAUGAAAUGCACUUGUUGUCUCAAAUUGACCUUCCCCGGAAGAUCCUAUUUUCCGAGUGUGAGAAUAGAUGUGAGUUGCAUGGUUUUUGUGAUGCGUCUGAAAAAGGUUACGCCGCAGUUGUAUAUCUUAGAAUUUUGAGAAACAACAAAAAAAUAGAUGUUCAUUUAGUUGCUUCAAAAACUAAAGUUGCGCCUUUAAAGAAGUUAACAAUUCCCCGUCUUGAGCUCUGCGCCGCUGUUCUUCUUGCUAAAUUACUCGCAUAUUUAGUACCCAUUUUUAAAACUAAAAUAUCUUUAGAUAAAAUUAUUACCUGGUCUGACUCUAAUAUUGUUUUAUAUUGGCUUCACUCUCCACCUAGUCGUUGGAAAACUUUUGUUGCUAACCGAGUACUUAUAUUCAAGACAAGCUCCCACACGCAACUUGGUUACACGUUAAGUCCAAGAACAACCCUGCUGAUGUUGCUUCUCGAGGAAUAUUUCCAUCAGAGUUUGUAA